AUGGAAAAAAAUAUUCCUUUGAAAGAAAGUGAAAAACCAAAAAGGUUAAGAAAAGAAAAGAAAGAAAAGAAGAUGAUUAAAAUUAAAACAUUUGAGGAGUAUUUUGAGGAAUGUAUAAAAAAUAAAAAGAUUCCACCAGAUACUCCUUCUUACUUUCGUAAAGCUCUUGAAAGAGCUAUUAAUGAACAUGAUCAAGGAAUUAUAAAAGAAAAAUCAUCUCUAGAAAAUUUUGCUAAUAAGUAUGUCACUGAAGGUGAACAUGGUUUUACACCAAUGGAAUUUUUUAAAAAUAAUGCUAAAAAAAUUAAAAGACUUUUUAAGAAAUAAUAGGAAAAUUAAGUUUAGAUUGGUUUUAGUUUGUUUAAUGGAAAAACAAAUAAUUGAUUUAAAAAAGGAGUUAUUGGAAUAGUUGAGGAUAAAUCAUAUUUUAAUUCUGAGACUCGUAUCAAUCUUGAAUCAACAGAUGUAAAAAGAUUACUUGCUUUAAUUAUUAAAAAUAUUUUAAAUAAAUUAGAAGAAUAUCAAAAAAAUGGAAGUGGAUGGUAUUUUAAAGAAAUAGUUAGUCUUCAAAUACAUACUGUUGAAUAUAAUCCAAUGAAUGGAUCAUCUUACGUUCCUCUUCCAGAUUGGAUAAGUAAAAAGAGAGCAAUAAUUAAUAUUCAAAACAGAGAUGAAAAAUGCUUUCUUUGGUGUAUACUAAGAUAUAUUUAUCCAAGAGAUAAAAAUGAUUCACGAUUAACUGAUUUGAAAAAGUAUGAGUAUAGUCUUAACACCAAAGGAAUUAAUUUUCCAAUGAAAUUAAAAGACCUAUCCAAAUUUGAAAAACUUAAUCCAUCUCUUCCAGGCAUAAAUGUUUUUUCAGUUAGUGAUAACAACAAGUUUUAUCCUUUAAGAAUGGCGGAAAAAGAUUGUCAAAAUACAAUUGAUUUAUUUUUAUAUGAACAAGAUGGUAAAUCACAUUAUUCUUUUAUAAAAAACUUUAAUCGUUUGUUUAGAUCGCAAAUAACUUCAAGUAAGAAUGGUGAAGUAUUUAUUUGUAAAAAAUGUUUUACUCAUUACACUAAGAAUGAAUUAUUAGAAGAACAUAUUUUAUACUGUUCAAGCAAUGAAACAGUUUCUGUUAAAAUGCCACCAAGAAACACAAAAUUAUGUUUUAAUAAUUACAACAAACAAUUCCCAAUUCCUUUUGUUGUUUAUGCUGAUUUUGAAUGUUUUACUAAACCAAUGAGUAAUUGUUGCCCAAAUCCAGAAAAUCCUUACUCUUAUAAUUAUCAAAAACAUGAACCAUCAGGAUUUUGCAUCUAUAUCAAAGGAUUAAAUCCUAACAUAAAUUUUAAACCUAUUAUUUAUACUAAAAGAAACGAAGAUGAUAAUGUUCCUGAAAAGUUUGUUUCUAAAAUAGCAUGGAUAACAAAUAGGUUAUACAAUGAUUACUACUGUCGAUCAAUGCCUCUUAGAUUAACAGCAAAAGAAGAAAAAGAAUUUCAUAAAGCGGAGUUAUGUCAUAUUUGUAAGAAACAACUUGAUGAUGAUAGAGUUAGAGAUCAUUGUCAUUUUACUGGUCAAUACCGUGGAGCUGCUCAUAACAGUUGUAACCUGCAAUGUCGAAAGCCAAUGAUUAUUCCAGUAAUAUUUCACAAUCUUCAAGGGUAUGAUGCACAUUUGUUUAUUAAACAGUUGUCUAAAAUACCAGGUGAUCUUAAUUGUAUUCCUUCAACAGAAGAAAAAUAUAUUUCCUUUUCCAAAAAAAUUAAAGUUGGUGAGUAUCAAUCAAGACGCACUGGAGAAACAGUUUCACUUUAUUUUGAAAUACGAUUUAUUGACUCAUUUAAGUUUCUUCAAACUAGUCUUGCUAAUCGUGUUGGAAAUUUACAACCAGAUGAUUUUAUUAAUACAAAAGAAGUAUUUAAAGAUCCAAAUCUUUUAGCUUUAUUAACUCGUAAAGGAGUUUACCCAUAUGAUUACGUUUCUUCAAUUGAAAAACUUUCUGAAACACAAUUACCUCCGAAAGAAGAGUUUUAUUCAAAAUUAAAUGAUGAAGAUAUAACUGAUGCUGAUUACCAACACGCAAUUAAUGUUUGGAAUAAAUUUAAUUGUAAAACUAUUUGUGAUUAUCAUGAUCUUUAC